AUGGCUGGAACGCAGCAGACCGCCUCCAAGUGCGGAGAGCGAGACGAGUCCAGCAACCUCAAGGCAGAGGAUACCAAUGAGAAGAAGGAGGAAGUGGAAGUGAAGGAAGACAAACCGAAGGAACCACCCGUACCCAACGGCAGUAUCAACGAGGCCAAGGCACUGUAUCAGAAGAAGGACCAGGAUGGAAAGUACCAAUGGGUGACUGAAGAGCCGUUGGAUGUUGUCGAGGCCGCCGAAAAUGAGGAGACUGCCAAAUUUGCGUUCUUGGUGCGCAAGAACAAAAGUUACGAUAGCCGCAAGAAAUACGACAUCAAUUCGAUCAUUGUCCAAAGCCCAUGGCUCAAGACGUCGUUGGGAAUCGUCCUUGAGGACUAUCCAGGUAUCACAACAAAUCUCGACCGACUCGUCUUUUUCGCGCCAUUCCACCCAUUCGUGCAUCGCUGGGACAAGCUCGACUCGCUUCUUGAGAAGGACGACUUUGAGGAGGACAUUGCCAGGCAACAUCUCAAACUAUUCCGUGAUAUUCUUUUCGAGGAGCUCGAGAACGCAAUCGCCGCCAAGAUCGACCUAGUCAAGAACGGAGUCAUCACAUUUGAUUACCUGUGGACAAUCUUUGAGCCUCAGACGCUGGUGUACAGCGUGUCCGACGGCAAGGAGUGUGUCUUCGAGCUGACCUCCUCGCACACGGCAACCGACCAAAGGCGCGGACUCGAUUUCUUGCAGCUGGACGUCUGGUCUGUCGACUGGGACGGCACCAAGUUCGGGCAGCAUGAGACUUACCUCCAAAAUUUCGAGUUCCCUGGCACCACGCCCAUCACCUCUCUUCAGGCAUACCCGCUAGUGUUCCACCCCGAGAAAGAACAGCUGAUGCUUCGACUUGUGGCCCGUGGCAAGCUCUUUGAACGUCUUGCGGGCUAUCACUACAAGGCCUAUCGAGGUGUUGCUCUUGGGUACGGUCGCUGUGGCAUGAUCAGACACAACGUCGAGUCUCGAAUCAUCAUCGACUGCGAGGCGCACAACCGAUUCUUGCCCAACAACGCGGUGUACUUCGGCUCGCUGGUCAAGCCGGCCAAAGAGGUCAAUGGACUUGACCUGCUGUCGGACGAGGAAUUGGAGCAAUCCGAUUCCGACGCUUUCUUGGACAACGACUCGGACUUCCUUCCCACGCCGGACUCCGACGACGAUGCAUGCAAACCCAAACAUCGCCCGCUAACCACGGAAGAAUUGCUCCUUGCAGUUCCAUACGUGCGAGGUUAUGCCCUAAAAACCAAGAAAUGGCUCUGGUUCUACGUUGACCAAGUCGAAGAGAUCCACUUUGCCAACAAUGCCUUCGCAUCUCUGGUGUUGCCCAAAGAGCAAAAGUCAUUGAUCCGCGCCUUUGUCGAGUCCCAAGUCAAGUACAAGGACGACUUUGACGAUGUCAUCGCCGGAAAAGGUCGUGGCAUGAUCAUGCUCCUAGCGGGCCCACCCGGGGUAGGAAAGACCUUGACGAGCGAGAGUGUCGCCGAAGACAUGCGUGUGCCCCUCUACAUGAUGUCCGCCGGAGACUUGGGCCUGGAUCCCUCUGGGAUUGAGGAGUCGCUCAACUUGGUACUCGACAUGGUCAGCAAAUGGAACGCAGUGUUGCUUCUCGACGAAGCGGACGUCUUUCUUGAGGCGAGGAGCUCCAAUGAUCUCGAGCGUAACAAGAUGGUGUCGAUCUUCCUUCGUGUUCUGGAAUACUAUGAGGGCGUCUUGUUCCUGACGACCAACCGGAUCAAGAACAUCGAUGAAGCAUUCCACAGUCGCAUUCAUGUGACGGUCAACUACCCCAGCCUUUCGGUCGAGUCUCGCCGGCACAUUUGGCAGAGCUUUUUGGGCCAGGAUCGACCGGUGAGCGGGAAAGACCUGGACCGCCUCGCCCAGGUGGCCCUGAACGGGCGACAAAUCAAGAACAUUCUGAAGACGGCUCAGAUGUUGGCACGAAGCGAAGGCAGCAGCGCCGGCCAGGAACAAGUCAAGGAUCCGCAACAUGGGCCGAAGCUGGAGAUGCGCCACAUCGAGACGAUCCUGGCCAUUGAACAGCGCGGGACGUCAUGGCAGCAAGAGUGA